CUUCUAGGCUAGGCGCGCUCGCUCGUAAGACAGCGCUCGCGUUCCCGUUAGUGUGUGUGCCGCGCGCUACCCGUACGGAGAGGCACGCUCUAAGGAAAGGAAAGGAAAGCAAGCACCAAAAGGGUUCGCGCAAUCCCUAUGCGGCGCCCGUCGAAGCGCAGCAACGCAGCGAAAGCGAAAUUUUAAACAACAUCCGUGAAAAGUGUUUGUUGCUUCCUUUCUGUGUUAGUGCGUGCGUAAAGGCCCCUUGGUUUCGGCUUUGACUCGUUAGCGAAACGGUGGCACGCGCGCGCGGCUCCAGACGGGGCAAAGCGGCGGCGGAGUGUUUGAUAUGUGCGCGCGUGCUACUUAGAUGGAGCGCAAAGCGGAACAAAACAUCGCGACCGUGUUGCGCACGCGCGUCCCCUUACGCGAGUGCUGUGCGUGAGUGAGCGAAACGGGGAAAGAGAGUGAGAGUGUUAGAAAGAAGUGAGAGAGAGAGAGAGAGAGAGAGAAAGAGAAAAAUAUAUAGAGAGAGUGUGUGUGUGUGAGAUAGAGAGAUAGAUAGAGAGAAGGCGAGUGCGCGCGAUCAUAACUGGCGCGAAAAGCUGUGACGUAACACGUGGCGUGCAAUAAUCGGGAAGAUUUAAUUCUGUGUUUCAGUGUGUUUAUGUGUGUGUUUGUGUGUGUGGUUACCGUGUACACAGCUACGUGUGUUUAAUGUGAAAAGAAAAGGGAGAGCAUUAUUUUUCCGAUGUGUGUGUGUGUCUCGGUGUAUGUGCCUGCGAGACAAGUGAUCUUCACAACAAAUCUUCACUGUUUAGCCGUGCGCGUUUUAUCGGAGCGUUUCUUCAAGGGGCUUCUUGCAAAACUGCCAACUGACAGCUUCCACCCCCUUCCCGCCCAGCCAUAUGAUCGCCGCUGAUUAGAGCCGCAACGCGCAACAACAGUGCUUGAUAAGGCACCCCACCCCAAGAGCGGGCCAUUACAAAAGAAGUCAAUGGGCCACACUUAAGGUGUACGUUUUUACAGCAACAGAUAGUAGGAAAAAGGGGGACAAGUCGAUCGAUAAGCACCCAUAAGGCCAUAAAUCAUUACCGGCUGCACGCCUUCGUCAGUGCACGGUGGUAACUAGAUAGUCAAUCUAAGCCAUUCAACCCACGAAACCAACAAUCAGUUAGUCAAAUACGUAGUCAAACCAAAAAAAAAAAAAAAACAAAAAACAAAACUAUACAUACAAAGUAAAGAAAUAGUCAGUCUGUAAGACACUUUUUAGCGAAAUUGCAUAGCAAACCUAGAAAAAGAAGAAGUGUAAGGAAAAAAGAAACGUUGAAGCAUACAAAAAGGCAAACCAUUUGCAACUGACACCAAAAAACAAAACAAAUCAAGGGACGGUGCAAACGAGCAAACGUUGCAAAGCCAAACCAAAAGCAGAAAAAAGCUAAUAACAAAAUAACAAAUCAAAACCAUGGAUACCAAAGCAGCAUCAGCGGGACCCGCCCCGACGCAUUUACCUUCGUCCACAUAUCCAGCGACGUCACCGUACUCGAAGGGUGCCCGGUCGUCGCACCAGUAUUUUAGUCUAAGAUGGAACAACUACCAGUCAAACAUGACGUCCGUGUUCCACGAGCUGCUCGAGUCACAAUCCUUCGUCGAUGUUACGCUAGCCUGCGAAUACAACUCACUAAAGGCGCACAAGGUGGUUCUGUCGGCGUGUUCGGCGUACUUUCAAAAAAUUCUCCUGGACAACCCGUGCAAGCAUCCGACCAUCAUACUGCCGGCCGAUAUAUGCUUUUCCGAUUUGCAGUUCAUCAUCGAGUUCGUGUACCGCGGGGAAAUCGAUGUAUCCGAGGCAGAGCUGCAGAGCUUGUUACGGACAGCGGAACAGCUUAAAAUUAAAGGCCUGUGCGAGGUAGGCGAACCACAGUACGAGCAGGACUACUCGCCCGCACUAAAGCGCUACAAACCGUACCGGUCACGGUCGCCCCCGGACAACCGGCAUCAGCACCAUCACCACCAGCAACCACCGCCUCCACCACCACCCUCUGGUGCGUCAGGAUCGACUAGUGGUGGUCGAUCCAGUUCGUCCGCUGCAGGAGCAGGAGGAUCACACGGCAGCGGUGGCAGCAGUGGCGGCAACAGCAGCAACAACAACAACAACAGUUCGUCUUCCUCCCAGUCGACGGGAUACAGCGAGAACGGCAAAGGCUGCAGUACCGGCAAGGGCAGCAGUGGCGGAAGUAGCGGCGGCAUAGGAUCUGGGGCAGGGCGCACCCUUUACCAUCCCUCACAGCACCAUCACCCGCUGCACCAUCAUCUUCAUCAUCAUCCGCACCACCAUCUGCAUCAUCUGCACCAUCCCCCGCCACUUGGCGGUGACCCGCGGACGACGACCACCUCUGGCCAUAUUGUCGAGGACGACGAUGAUGGAUCGGUGCUAGUGGUCGAAACGCACGAUCUGACUACGACGGGAUCGAAGGAUAAGCAUUAUCAGCAGCAGCAGCAGCAACACCAUCAAUCGCAGCAAGCGCACCACCACCCUCACCCGCAUCAUCCACAUCAUCCGCAGGCGCAGCAGCAUCCCCUCGGUAGCAAAAUGGCCAGCCUAGGGAUGGGCGUUGGAAUAAAUGGUGGUUCCGUUAUGGGCGUUCCGAUGGGAUAUUUGGACUUUGCACCAGAGCCUCCAGCACCGACGGCGACGCCAGUGACAGAGCAUGUGGACAUUAAUUGUGCGCCUAGCAGCCACGAUACACGUGAUCUGUCCAGUAAGUAUUCUGUGCCAAACGAUGGUGACUUACGAGUGAAAUUCGAAACGUUACGUUCGCUAGAUCCUCCGAAUGCGGUGCAACUGGACAAUCACACAGUCAGCCAUCAGCAGCAGCUCCACCAUCAGCAACAGCAGGCGCAACAGCAGGCGCAACAGCAGGCGCAGCAGCAGCAGCUCCUGCAGCAACAACAGCAUUUACUGCAACAGCAGCAGCAACAGCAGCAGCAGCAGCAGCAAAGACAGACACCGCAGCCAGCGGGUGCUCAACAGCAACAGAAUGACCAUCAGCGGCACUCGCCACCGCACAUGCAGCAGCAGCAACAACCACAGCAGCACGUAAUGCUGAUGGAUCAACAGCAGCAGCAGCACCACCCAACCACCCAUAGUCCGGCGUCAAGUGUGUCGUCCUCAUCGUCCAGCCAGCAUCCGGAGAACCUGGUUACUGGCAGUGGUGGUGCUGCCGGCUCGGUGACGCCUGGUCCUCCCACCAACAAUAGCAACGGCAACGGAGCGGGCGGAGAUGAGCUGAAGCCGAGACUGAACCUGAAGCAGGAAAACAUCAGCGAGGAGCAGCAGCAUCAAACGAUGGAGGUCGAGCAAGACCAGUCCUCGAUGCACGGCAUGGUGGUAACGCCGGAAAUUUCGGGCAUCAUGAACCAGAGCCAAAUGAGCGAUAUGUACCAGUCGGAUGCUAGCGAGGACUCGAAGGUGGGCAUUCUGGACGGCUCCUCGAUGCAGUACACCAAUCUGACCAGCCCCAACGAAGCGAAAACGCCUACCGGACCGAAAACAUGGACCGCGGAAGAUAUGGAGUCGGCGCUCGAAGCGCUACGCUCUCACAACAUGAGCUUGACUAAGGCCUCUGCUACGUACGGUAUUCCAUCGACGACACUGUGGCAGCGGGCGCACCGGCUCGGCAUCGAUACACCGAAAAAAGAGGGUCCGUCCAAGACGUGGAACGAGGACUCGCUCAACAGCGCACUGGAAGCGCUACGGACGGGCACGAUCUCCGCCAACAAGGCCUCGAAAGCGUUCGGCAUACCGUCGUCGACGCUGUACAAGAUUGCGCGCCGCGAAGGCAUCCGCCUGGCGGCGCCGUUCAAUGCCGCACCCACCACAUGGUCCGCGGAAGAUUUGGACCGUGCCUUGGAAGCGAUCCGUGCCGGGCAAACCUCCGUACAGAAGGCCAGUACCGAGUUCGGCAUUCCCACUGGCACACUGUACGGGCGCUGCAAGCGCGAGGGCAUCGAGCUGUCCCGAUCGAAUCCCACUCCCUGGUCCGAAGACGCGAUGAUGGAGGCGUUGGAAUCUGUAAAGCAAGGACACAUGUCCAUCAAUCAAGCCGCCAUCCACUAUAACCUACCGUACAGCUCACUGUACGGUCGGUUCAAGCGCGGCAAGUACGAUACGCCCAGCUCGGGAGGCGGCGGCGGUGGCAGUUCGUCCAAUGCUGCUGCUGCUGCUGCUACCGGUGGAGGCGGCGCGGGCAGCGGUGGCGGUAGUGGCGCCGGCAGCGCCGCUAGUGCCGGAACAGGUGGCAAUAAUGUUGGCAGUAGUCCCCAGAUGGAGUUUAAAAUAGAACCACAGCAUAACGAUCAUAGUCCAGAGAACACGCAACAUUACAAUCCUGCACUAUCGGCUUCCUCGACGCCUACAAGUAAUACGCCAACUCAGCAGCAGCAGCAGCAGCAACAACAGCAGCAGCAGCAGCAGCAGCAGCAGCAGCAGCAGCAGCAACAACAACAGCAACAACAGCAGCAACAACAACUUACUCACCAUUUAGUUCAACAGCCCCCGUCGGUGCUACCGGUCAGCAUUCACAUUGUCGAUGCGGCCGCCCAUCACCAUCUUGCACAUCCGCAUCAGCAGCUGCACCAUCAGCAGCAGCAGCAGCUGGCGCAGCCGCAGCACGUGGUGGUAGCGCAGCACCAGCAGCAGCAGCAGCAUCACCAUCUGCACCAUCAGCCGCAGCUAAUACAGCAUCACAUCAUUCCGCAGCAACAUCACAUAAUAUAUCAGCAGCCGCUACAACCGAUCCAGCAGCAGCCACAGUACCAUCCGAUGUACCACAUCAUCAAGCAGGAGAACGACAGAAGUUGAAAGCAGCGGCGCUCCCGCCAACAUCGGUAUGGCGGUACGCACCAUCCUCAUCAUCAUCAUCAGCAGCAGCAACAGCAAUCGCACGAUGAUCAUGAUCCGCAGCAUCAUCUUCAUCAGCAACAGCUGUAUCAUCCACCACAGCAGCAGCAGCAGCACCAGCACCAGCAGCUCCAUCAUCAUCAUCAUCAGCCGAUGCAUUACGAGGAUGACGGAGCAUGAUGAUGGGCGGUUGCGAGGGAGAAACAUCCGCAACAGUUUACACAGGACUACUAAAAAGGUUAAUGCGAGAGGAAUCUUCGUUCUGGCCAGCCGCCGGAGGAGGAUAUUGUAGCUAUGUGCUCCACUUGUUCGUGGGUUGUACCGAAAGGAGCAAAGCAACAUCCUGCAAGGAAGAGAAACGUCCCAAACGUGUGUGUGAUUUCUUUUGCGAUGUUAAGACUAUCAAACGGAAGCUAAAUCAAAUGCAAGCUAAAUCGAUGCAAAAGUCGCAGAAAUAGAUAAGAAAAAGCCAGUAAAACCCCUUCUAUUAAAAACGUGGCAGACGGAAACACACACACGAUGCGCGCAUUUGGAGUACAUUAAUUGUAGUAAAGUUAAUGCUAAAAUUAUACCUCUUCUUAAGUUACUAUCGCUCCGUUGCUCUCCCAUUUGUGAGGUAUGGUGUACAGUAGAAACAAAAUCAUGGAGGUGUAGUGUAAGGUAUCAAGCGCGCAUUAUUCCACAGUGCCGCGAUAAAUCCUGCUUGCUCUGUGGAAUAGGAUUGAUGACCGAAUGGGAUACGCUGGGAUUCAUUUAGAAGCAAAACAAACAAAACAACUGAGCGAUACAAUAACAUUUUAAAUACUGUUGAUAGGAAAAAGAUGUGCUAGCUGGAGUGUAAGCAGUGCGGCGAGUGUAUGUCGUCCAGUGUGUAUAGUGGAAGGUUCAAGAACGGUUCAAACCAUUAUUCGCCUUAAACCCGAGCGCGGGGGACCUUAGCGUCUGGGAUCUCCUUUCCAUCAUAAGGGGAGCACAUGAGAGAGUUACAGAGUACUGCGCAAAUUUACGGUAUGUUCCGUAGCAAAGCAUAUGAAUAGUGAGGCCCGUUCAGCAGUUCAGCAAGUCCGUACCAUGCACGAGGCUGGAGUUGAUGUUGAUUUUUUUUUGAGGAUUUUUGUUGUUUUGUUUAUUGCCAAAUGGAUGUUUUGUUUUUUUACACUUACACGACUGCGCAUUCCAUAUAUCGACUAAAUAUGAAGGGGGAAACGAAACAAGAAAGAGUGGAGAAUUGGUUUAAGAAGAAAGGCUUUUGUUUACAUAAAACACAAAAUGUCAUUUGCAAUAGGGGGAGGAGAUGCGUGGGUAGUCUCUCGUCUCGUGGAGUGUUUCCUUGCUGCCUAACAAUUAGAUUGCAGUGUGCAGUGUGUGACAAACAAAUGAUGGCGUUGGCAAAUGUAGCGUUCGCUAACAAGUAUCAAAUCAAACGAAACGGACUGAAUUAUUACGAUUUUUUGUGUGGUAAGAAAUUAGCUUAAAACCCCCCUCAAGAGGAAAACAAUCUCAUUUGCAAAAGAACAUAAAGAACAUAAAAUCAACAUGAUGUCUAGAUUUUAAUUUUAGUGUUGAAGACAGGGAGACAAACAGCCCCGUCGAUAGGUGAUAGAACGAUGGCGAUACUUUAAAGAUCGAUUGGUUCGUCGAGAACGAGAGGGAGAGAGGGAGAGAGUAGAGCGAGGUUAAAUAUUAUGUUAGUGUAAAAUCGCAGGUAAAUUGAUGCUGUGCAGCGAUAAAUUUAGUUUGUUUACUUCCUUUUGUAUUGUUAGCGCACAUGGUGAGUGUGUGCGUGUUAGUGUCUCUAUGCUGUUGCGUCGUUUUGGCGCAGCACAGGCGGGUAGCGUUUGCGUACAGUCCAUCUUCCAACCCUCGAUAGGAUGCAGACGAAGGAAUUUCUCAUCGAAUGACAAAUGCAAGCUUAAAGUGUCUGGAGUUACAUGUAUACAUAUUCUAUUGCUACUACUGCAACAACUAUUAUUGCAAUUAUGCGAAUAUCUAUUGAUUUAUGGUAUUAUUACAUUUUGUCAUUAUUCUAUUAUAUUAUUAUUCUGCGACCUAAAAGGCAGCAACGGGGCUGCCGGAAGGAUCAAUCGCAAUUAUUGUGAGAUUAGAUCGCGAGAAAGAGAGAUAGAGAGAGAGAGAGAGAGAGAGAGAGAGAGAGAGAGAGAGAGAGAGAGAGAGUCGAUCCUGGACAGAUAAUGUUCAUCUAGUUUCUUCCAUUUCAUUUUUAAAAAAUCGAAUCCAUGCGUCAAAUGAUGUGUAUAGCCGCAUAGCAAAACAAAAAAACAACUUCCGAUAAAAUGCGUUGCAGUUAGUCUUAGCGCGCAGUAAGGCGCAGUGGUUAAUGCAAGAGCGAGAGAGAGAUAUAAGAGAAGGAUCGUUCAGAACGUCACGUCGUGAGUAGCAAACCCCAUAGGUGAUUGCGCAAUAAUGUGUGUUUGUGUGUGUUUGUGAAAUUACGAAAACUUCCAUUCACUUCCCUAUAUUGUGUAGGAGCAGAAAAACAAAAUAUGUGCAAGUUGUAGUUGGCGGUGGAAGAACAAUAAAAAAAAAACAAAAUUGUAUGUAAAGAGUAACUGAAACGCAAAAGAUUUCAAACCCCCGCGAUCAGCGCACGGAAACGAUCGGAAAGAUACAAUAAUAAAUCACGCAACAUCACGCAAAGUAUUAAAAACGUUGUGUAAAUGCAUUAUGAAUUUGUUUUGUUUUCACUGUGAAGCAGAGGCUGGGGUUAACACUUUGCGCUGAAGGAAUUUUGUCGUGCGAUACAGUUUCGUCCUCAUCGUCAUAGUCAUCAUCACCAACGUGUCACAAUGCGCACGUAAUACAAACAACAGAACCCAGAGUCAUACUCCACCUUCCUAAGUGAGACACACUGAGAAAAAUGGUGAUUGCAAAAUGCGGAAAGCCGGAAUGAACAUCUACGAAAGAAAACAGUUGCAAAAUUGGGUUGGCGUAUUGCAUUAUUAUUAUUUGUUUUAUUUGCUCAGGCCAUAGCAAAGCGAUGGACAUAUGUGCAAAAUAGAAAGGCUGCUGCUGAAACCAGAAACUAGCAAUGUGAAAAGGAUACUACUAAAAUAAUCAAGCACUCACUAGCAAAGACGACAAGAACAAUGUUCUCGAAUUUGGUUUGGUGUUGUUGAAGUGGUAUAGAGAGAAAAAAAAAAUGAAUUGAAUACAUGGUCCUUUCGCAAGGAAAUUUCAAAUAUACAGGGAUAUUCGAAUGUUUAUUCGUAAAAAAAAACACACACACACGGCCGCCUAUCGCCGCUUUGUUGAUUUGUGCGACCGAAACACAUCAUACACACAAAUAAUAACCGUUCGUGUCCGCUUUUAUUGAGAAGACCGCAUGGCCACAACUAAAGCAAGAUUGCACCGGAUUUGGUAUGUGGGUGAAAAAAGAGAAAAGAAGAAAAUUGCCGCUCAAAUCUGAUUGCGGGGUAGAGGAAAGAAAGUGUAAAAAAACCUUAAAUAAUUCGUCCCUUUAGACAAACAAACAAGCGAUGGUAUGGUAUGGUAAUUAUGAUGAAAACUAAAAAUAUGUAGGUAAGCUUUAGGGCCUUGUAUUAUACGUAGGGCAAGUAACGUAACACGAUAAAACAAGCAGUAAAGCGCAAAAAUUGAACGAUAUACUGUCAUGAUGGGCGGCAACUAAUAAUGGACAUGGAGAACGGCGUAUAUUAUCGCUGGCGUAAACGCAACUGUUAACGCACGUGUGUCCAUCGGAGAAUCACACAUUUAUCGGUCGAUAUACUUGACACACAGAGAUUGGCUUAUCGACGGAACUGUUUUAGCGCAUAGUUGCAUUAGCGCAAUUUUUUGAAAAGUUGUAAGAAAAAUUAUGGAAAUAUUUAAAAAAGGCAAGCAGUUACACUCACACACGCAUUCAACCGUUGCUGCUGCUGGUUAUUGUUCAGUUUGGAGUAACAAUACACCAUUGCUGCGGAUGGUACUGAAUGAAAUGUUUCAGUUUUAACACACAAAAGCACGAUGAAUGAAUUACACUAAACGAUGGCCAAAAACACGCAUUUAGUGUUUAUGCUUUAGCAGCUCGGUUCUGUGUUAAAAAUCGAGCAAUAUUCAAUUGCGUUACGUUUGAUAAUAAACAACAAUUGGAAUAUGUUGGUUAAUGGUUCGUGCAUUUGUUUUAGCAUAGUUUUGUUCUAUAACAACAUGCUUAUGCUGCAUGCAAUAAUACGACUUUGUGUUAGCUACUAUUUUCCAACCAACAAAUACUACAGUAAGUUGCGAGUUGGAUGGUUUUGUUAAUUCCCAUUAUUUUUUAUUCGUUUUAUUGCUUUAAACGACACGCGAGUAUAAAUUGUAAAUCUUCCACCCACAGCAAUGAAUCUUCUUAUGAUUGUUUAGUAUAACCCAAAUAGACACAGAGUCUACAACUCCGGAAUAAAGUAUCACAAACCAAUCAUAAGGGGUACACGUGUGUUGAUAGCGUAAAAUCAAAUGAUGAUAAACAGAACGAUGCUAUUUUGUGUGCGAUCGGGUUAUUAUAUUACGAGCGUAAGCAGAAGUUCUCAUGUAGAGGUACAUAUUAUCAGAAACUUAUGGAUUAACUGUGCAAUUCCCAAAAGCGGAAAAGGGUACACGUGUUUGGGAUGCUAACAUAAAAGGAAUGAAAAUAUAGUAAAAAUGGAUUACAGGAUGUAGCAUGGACUAAAAACAGACUAAACAAAAAUAGCAGCCCCUGUAACAAUGCAAACAUGGAAUCAAAAUCAGUUAGGAAAACAAAGGAUGUGGAUUGUACGCUUGAUACGCUAUAUCAAACAUCAUUCACGUAGAACGUAAAGAAAGGAAAUCGUAACAUAACUCUAUACGCUAAACACCUACUAGAUCCUAGCGUGCCACAGAAAAUAAUAACAUAACAACUACAACAACAGCAAAAAACUAAACAAAUACAACCAAAAUCAAACGUACUACACUAGUGUGGCGAUACGUGUAAACACGCGAACCUAGAACGUGGACAAAGUAGAAUAACAAAUAACAGUAAAAGAAAAGAUCCAAACAAUGUAGUAAACAAUGCAGAAUGAACGAAAAAAAAAA